AUGUCGUUUCUCGCUCUACCCCUCGAGAUACAUCAACGGAUUCUCUCAUAUCUUCUUUCCCACCGCGAUGUGGCCGCCCUCUCAAUCCAAUGUCGCACCCUGCACGCCAUGUGUGACAUGGCAAUGCGCAAAAAGUACCACCGAAUUAGGGUUUCCUUGGGUGAAGAGAAUGUUGGAAAUGCAUUUGAACUCCUGAUGGAUAUCUUGAGGCGGCCUAGAUUAGGACAGUACGUGAGCUGCAUCGAAUGCUGCCCGCCUGUCCGCUGGCAUAAGGACUGGGAGGAAGUCGAGUACCAGAGAGAUUUGAGCAAAGAGGAUAUGAGCCUCGUGCGGAGAGCAGUCAGGAUAGGCGGCUUCACAGGCCCUAAAGAGGAACGAGUCGUCAAUAUGCUUAUGCAGAGGAGCGAAAUACCUAGACCCAUAUUUGGCGACGACAGGUUGAAUAAAACUCGCUGGACUUUCAUCAGUCAAGCUUUGACUGCCAUAUUGGCUGUGGUAUCACCGAAUCUUGUAUCAAUGACCAUGACCACUGCCUUUAUUGGCCAUUCAGACAUCGAAUUUCCACUUUUCAAGCUUCUUGAACAGGCCAAUGCCAGCCCCGAGGAAAAGCCAUAUCUCCGCAACCUGCGCAGCAUUUACUUACUCAACAAGAGCGGUAGUUCCAUGGACGAUGGUCGUUUCUACUGCCGAAUGAUCUUCUACGACGCUUUGAAUCUAUUUGAUAAUCUUCUCUCCAUUGAAUCAGUACGAGCUGAUAUAAUAGAGAUGGAGGAUAUAGAAGCAAUUGAGUACAAAGAUCAAUGUUCCAACAUCAGCCGGGUCUCUAUCCUCCAUUCAUCGGUAUCUUCUACUUACCUGGCACGAGUGAUAUGGUCAUGCAAGAUCCUCACGGAGUUCCGCUAUUCCAUCGGAGGAAGAGACAGCGAAGAAGGAGGAUAUUUACACUUCAAUCCCAAAACAUUCAUCAAAACAAUUUGCCGAAACAAGGAAACACUGGAAAUCCUUGAUGUCGACGUGGAACAUCAAAUUCAUGAAUUCAACAUCGGGGACGAGGAAUGGAGAGAGCUUCAGUAUAACGAACACGGGGGUCCCUUUGAAGAAGAUAUUGAUGAAGAUGAAGCUGCAUUCCUCAGAUCGAUAUGGACACAUGGCGGAUCACUGAAAGAAUUCGUGGUCUUGAAGCGCUUGAGUUUGGGGAUAAACUUCUUGUUGUAUUUCGCCCGUGGUGUCAGCAAGACAUCCAACGAGACCAAGGAAAAGGUGAAUUUGGUGGAUUGCUUACCAGAUAACCUUGAGUAUCUGUGUGUCCGAGGAUACCAGAAGGGCGAGAAUUCGGAACAUGAUGAACAGAUGGAUGCCCUGAUGGCCUUUUACAAGUCUGGAUCAUCCCAACUCAAAGGGCUCGAGGGAGUCGAGAAAUUGAUACCCAAUGCUGAACCCGUCGAGCACCCAGAUGAUGACAGUCAUUUGCUGUGGUCAUUGAGCGAGCUUGGAUAUGAUAGCGAUUAG